GCCCAGAACGAGGGGAAGCUGGGCGGGAGCCGGGAGCUCCUGGACCAGCUCCCUGAGGAGGAACACGGCCUGGGGUCUGGGCCGCCGCGUGCUGUCACUUCCGCUGCUGUCGCCUGGCAGGUGGCAGCUGUAGCAGUGUUUCCAUUAUAGGAUAUUACUGGAUAUUGAACAUAGGUUGCUUCCAUGUCUUGGCUGGUGUAUAGAGUGGUGCUGUGAACAUUAGGGUGGAGGUAUGUUUUCACGUUGGAAUUCCCUCCAGAUAUAUACCCAGAAGUGGCAUUGCUGGAUCAUAUGUGGUGGAAGAUUAGAAAACCUUGAAACUGGAUGAAGAAACAAAACACAAGAGUCACCUGGAAACCAGCACCUGGGAAAGUCAUCAGCUACCGGAUUGUGUGUCACCCUGUGGGGGCAGGAGACACCUAGUGGCCAAAGUGCCACCCACAGUCACCUCCCCAGUGUUAAAGUGGCUUCAGCCCCAGACCACAUACGACAUCACAGUUCUCCCAGUUUGCAAGACAGGAGAGGGGAAGCUUAGGCAAGGAUCAGGCAUGAAAGGGGCACUUAAAUGCUCAUAGAGACAAGAAGAGCUUGUUGCAGGCUGUGGCGAACUUACCUCACAAAGGAGGCAGGACCCUCACAGGUAUGGCUUUGAACUUCAUUUGCCAGCAGAGCUUCAAGACCCAAGCUGGCGUGAGGCCUCAAGAUUGAUAAAUUGGUGUUCUUAUCACUGAUGAUGUUGAGGCCCCGUCAGAGCAACUCAAGGAUGAAGGUGUGGAGCUGUUUGCUGUUGGUAUUAAAAAUGCUGAUGAAGCUAGAUUAAAAGAUGACUGCAGCAGAUCCCGAUGAUCCCCACGCAUGCAAUGUAGCAGAUUUUGUGUCCCUCUCCAGGAUCCUGGAUGACUUCACCCUCAACUUGUGUAACAGCAUCAGAGGUCCAGUGUGCCGGUCCAGCAAAAGCCCCUGGGUCUGUCUGACUUGUUCAGGUGUCCUCUGUGGAAGGUAUGUCAAUGGUCAUGCAAAAAAAAAAUUACAAAGAUGCACAAAUACCCUUAAUCAACUGUAAGAAGUCAGAAAAGCAAGAAAAAGCUCAGCACAUGGUGUGUAAGGAUUGCAGUAGCUACAGUACGUACUGGAUCCCACAGAUCCUUGCUUCCUUCUGUUUAAGGUCCCCAGUGCAAACUCCAGGGGUCUGAAGUUUGGGGAAGCACCACUACCAUCUGUGCCACAGGCCUUCGGAAUUUUGGGAACACAUGUUUCAUGAAUGCCAUCCUUCAGUCCCUCAGAUAAUGUUGCAGCCAGAGCCUGAGUACCUGACGUCAGUUUUGAGUGGAACAGUUGAGAGCAAAGGCUGUGGGUUCCAAUCCUGUCUCUGCCACUAACUCUAGUCUAGGAACUUGGGGCAGUAACAUUGAGCAGUUUUGCUGUUAUUUCAAAGAACUGCCUGCUGUGGAGUUAAGGAAUGGGAAGACAGCAGGCAGGCGGAUGUGCCACACCAGAAGCCAGGGGGACAACAAUGUGUGAGUCUAAGAAUGUGUCCUUUCUGGCUUUGAGCUACCAAGCAAAUGACACUUACUAGUGAUUUCCAUUGCAUUAUGUGAGUUAAUGGGCACAUGCAUUAAAAAAAACUCUUCUUCUAAAAAUUGCAUUUAAGUAUCUAGCUGGCAGUCUUAAUAAUUAUUGGAAUUCUUUUAUGUGUAUUUACUAAUAGGCAGGAUAAACUUAGUACUCUGUCUACCUGCUGGACAUUCUAAAAGUGACAUGUGUAUGAAAUACAGUUCUGGGUAUAGACCAGCAUAAAUAUUGUUAGGCUUUGUGAACUGAUUUGUCUGAUAGGGUUAGGUAAACUGGUCUUGGACAAUUAAAUUAAUUUGUACUUAUUAAAUUACUUAUGGGGGCAGUACAGUAAAUUUUCAGUUGAAGUGGAAGGGAAAAAAAUUGACCAGUGAUUAUUGACAACCAAUAUGUAUUCAAGUUCAAUGCAGCCAUGUUCUCGUUUGGGUUCAAAGAUGUACCAUAUUAUGAUUGUAAAGGGUAUCUUAACAUUAGGAAAUAGGGCUAUGAUUUAACAUCUGUAUACAUUUUAAUAUAAUAUUUCCCUGCCUCCACAUCCCUGCUCCCACAUACCCUGUCACCCACAUUUUAAGAGCCUAGAUGACUGAGAGAGAAUAGGAGACUGUGUUAGAACAGUGUGCAGCACGGAGCGUGCAGCAGGCCAGGGUGGGCGGGAACCUCUACACCAGACAUGGGAGCAGGGAGGGCGUGAUCUCACUGGAAGCGCUGUGUCAGAUUACUUUGGUAGCAGCGUGUGGAUGAGCUGGAAUGUGCCUGUGUUCAAGGAGGCUUCACACUUUAGAGUAAUUGGUUAGAGGAAAUGGUGAAAUGCACAAAAGUUCGGGAAGAAUUAAUAGUACUCGAGCAUUAGCGUCAUUUAAGGUGUAGUUACACAUUGCAGAACUUGCCUCUGGCCAUCUUCGGCAGAAAAGGAAUGUCCUGAAAUUGUUAGUGAGCUCACCAUUACUGGAUGAGUAGAAAAUUGGGUCUGGUGUGCAGGCCUGCAUAAGGAUAUCUCAUCAGGACCCCUGCCCAGGGCCGCAGCAGAGUUCCCACUGCCCACAUGGCUGGAGUUGGGUGCCGGAUGGAUGCUGCUGUCACUGCUGUCCCUGCCCUCCCGAUGGUGCUCUUGGCCACCAGGAAGGGUUUGGCACUGUCUCAGCUUCUUUGAAUCACUAACUCCUGCUUCACUCAGGCAGAACCCAGGCCACAUGCCCAAGUCCUGGCUACCGGGGUGCUGAGAAAGCAAGUAUCGGCCUUUUCAGCUUCUAUGGUGGGAGGCAGGCUUGGACUCUCACAAGACUCUUCAGGUGGGGCUCCUCAAACACAGAAAGAGGGUUCAGGGACUAGGAAGUAAGAAAUCUAAACCUAUUGGAUGACAGGGGUUGAGAAAGAAGAUACUGAGAUCCUCUGAGGCAUCAGCCAGUCGUCUGUGAGUAUGGCAGCUGUAGUGACAGACACGGACUGAAGUUGAGGACAUUUAUCAGUUUACCUACGUGCACUUAAACAUGCGUGGUUUAUUGUAUGUCAAGUUGGAGGCUUAUGUCACAUGACCAUCAGGCUCCUGGCUUUCUGCUGCACCCUCCCUGCAGUAAGGCUCUCAUCCACAGAGCCCAGGGUGAUGCUGGAGCACCAGCAUUUCAUCCUCAUUCUAGCUAGAAGAAGAAGGAAGUGCUUAACAAGAAGGACUACUCUUUCUCUUUAAGGAAAUUUCUCAUAAGUUGGACACCCUCAAAGGAGCUCAUGUGCCAAGGAGAAAAUGGAAGUUGUAUUCCUGUGAGAGAAGAGGCUAUUGGAUAUAGAGGGACAGUAGGAAGGGUGCAGAGGUCACAUUGCAUUUCAAGAAAUGAGGACAUGCAUUGGGGAAUUCCUGUUGGAGCUAGGAGACUCCUGAAUCAAAGCAGUCAUGGGAAAAAUCUGGCUUUCAGAUUUGGCUUUGAGAGUCAUUGGUAUAGAGUUGAGUGUUGAUCUUUGAGUCCAGAUGAACUCUCUGAAGCAGAGAUGAGCAGAUGGUCACACACUAAGGUCUGGGAAAUGCUCCUAGUGAGGGCUAAGAAGGAAAAAUGCAGGAGACAGAGGAAGAGAUUGCAUUCCUUAUUUUAAGUUUUUUAAAAUGAACAUUCUUAACUAAUUGGUUUGUAACUUACCCAUUGCUUUAUUCUACAAGUAUAACAGUACUUGGCACACUCAGAGUUCACUAUACAUUAAAAAACUAGUUUUGUCAGUAAUUUCUGCUGUUUUAUGUGGGUUUUUGAGAUGCUGUUAUUUAACUCUCAGACUUAGUUCAGAAGAGACCACACCCUUUUUAUGUCUUCAUUUUUUAUUAUGAAUUUUAGACAACUGAACAUAGUGUAUUGAAAUAAUAGCCUCUCAUGAAAUGCUGAGGAUCCCAUCAUCCCUUCCUCUUUUCCAGGUCUUUGGUGGUAGAGUUCAGAAAGACACUGUGUGCUUUAUGGCAAGGUAGCCAGACUGCAUUUAGCCCAGAGUCCUUAUUUUAUGUUGUUUGGAAGAUUCUGCCAAAUUUGAGUUUUACAUGAACCGAUUGGAAAGUAGCGCAGUCCUGAAAGAUCUGAAUCCCGACACCGAGUGUGUUGUUGACAUGUCUUCAGUGGUAGAGGCUGAAGGACACAGAAAAACCUGGCCUUUGCCCAGUCCUCGAGGCCUGAAACUCUGCGACAUGACUCACAGCACCAGGAAUGUCUUGUGGGAACCUGCCCCUGGAAAAGUGCAUAAAUAUAUUGUCCGCUACAAACCACCAGAAGAGGUUGUCAGAGAGGAGAUAGAGAAAUAAUCGACAAUGAAAGCUUGGAACUGGUGGCAGACAUUCCAGAUGGCUUGAGCUGCAAACUAAGUAGACUGCUGGUCAGUAGCAGGGCUCUUAAUUGGGAUUUCAGCUGACACCAGCACUGCAGGGCUAUUCCUGUCUCUGGAUAGAGUCAGUAUGGUCAGCGGCACGUUGUGUUUAAGGUGAGUGAUCUAUAGGCAAGGCUUACAUGUGAAUUACUUAGAUGAGAACAUUUUAUGGACCCCGAAGGCCCAUGCUCUCUCUAUAUUGUGGGCUAAAAUUUGCACUUAAUGUGUAUUGUCGUGUGGAGGAGUCCAUAGUUUUUCUUAAAUUCCCCCAAAAAUGUGAGGGGCAAAGUGAUUAAGAACCACUGAGUGACUAAAUGCAAGCUUUUUUAAAAAAAAAUCACCAUUUUAGUAGAAUAUAAAUAGUAACCUAUUACAUCCAUAAAAUGCUUGCAGUUUUCAGAGCCCUGUCUCAUAUUUAACUUUCAAAUGGACUGAAUUGGUAAGAUAGUUGGUUCUAAGCCACGCAUCAGCCAGUUUCCUCGUGUCCAUGAAAAUAGAGCAAGUUUCAUUAAAUGCAGUUUGUAGGUCACCUCCAAAAAUGUCAUCCUGCCUUUCCUCAUGGCAGGCACUAUGCCAGCCCCAGCACACCUGCAGAUACUGAAGUAAGACCAGAGAGUCUCACAGGGACGUGGGGUCACAGAGAUUCCGCUGUGUUUCUCUGUACAGAAUCACCUGGGCCCCUUCUGGAAGCUCAGACAAGAUGGAGGACCCUGCAGUGGACCGAGGAAUCUGAGAGUCUUUGGGGAGACAACAAACAGCCUGUCCAUACCCUGGGAUCAUGCUGAUGGGCCAGUUCAGUCACAUAGGGUCAUUUUUGCUCCCACCAUUGGUGACCCAGUCGAUGAAUAUGUAAAGCCUCUAAUGUAUCAAGUUACUUUAAAGCAGAUAACUGAGAAGAUCAAGACUUUUGAGAAAGAAAACAGAAACUGAGGAAAAUAUAUCCACUUGGGAGCAGAAGACCAAUGAUGCAAAGAAAUGCUUAGAGGAGACCAUUAGGCAAAAGAAGAUGCUGAGGAAGCACUGAAGUUUAAGGAGUACAUGCAAACCUUGGAGAGGGUUAGUGACUGAAUGGCUUCAUUCAAAGUGCCCGAGCUAAGCUGCAGGCAGUGAGUGACCAGAAUGCCAAGUGUCUGCGCUCGGUUGAAAUUGCUCUUAAUAAAGCUUGUGUCCAUGAAGCCACAGUGAAACCUGAAGAAGUGCGUCUGCAGGAGGACGUCCAGCUCAGCAGCAAGAAGAGGCCAAGCAUUUUGAAGACCAGAUCUGAGGGUCUGAUGCAGAGCGCCAUGAUGACUGAGGAAUGCAACCUGGAAGCACAUCUGCAGUUCCUUCCUGCACUGAAGUCUUGAUCACCUCAAAGUCAUGCAUCAGAAUUGGAAUAUGUUCCUUCCAGACCCUGGUUCAUGUUGAUAUUUUCACUUCCCAUGAAUCAUGAAUUUUCUUAAUGGCAACUAAAAUGAUGAGUCCUUUUCAGAAAGUUUUCCAUUUACUUGCCCAAACCCAUCAGUGGUAUCACUAUCUGUGGCAGCUAAAGCCUCCCAAAGUGUAUUUCUUAAAAUUAGACUUAAAAGUCAUAAUUACUCCUGAUCCAUGGGCUGCAGAAUGGAUGUCGUGUUAAGCAUGGAAACAGCAUUCAUCUCAUGCAUCUCCAUCAGAGUUCCUGGGUGACUGGUGCAUUGUCCAUGAGCAGUAAUAUUUUGAAAGAUAUGUUUUUUUUGGUAUAUUUUGUUUUUUUCCCUGAGCAGUAGGUCUCAACGGUGGACUAAAAUACUCAUGUUGUAAAUAUAUGUGCUGUCAUCCAGGCUUUGUUUCAUCUAUAGAGCACAGAGUAGAUUUCCCAUGAUUCUCACAGGACAGAGGAUUUUCAGAAUGUUAAAUGAGCAUUGGCUGUGGUAGCCCCUCACAGGAAAACCAGCCUGUCCAUUGAAGCCUUGAUGCCAGGCGCUGACUUCUCCUCUCCAGCUGUGACGGUGCUGGGUGGCCUCCCCUUGCAGGUCUCUGCACUGAAAACCUGUUGUUUAGUGGCGCCACCUUCAUUAGCUGUCUUAGCUUUAGCUUCAUCUCCUGGAGGACUUGCAGCAGCUCUGGGUCCGCUCUUCCCGCCUUACCUUGCACAGGUAUGCAGUGGAAAUGGAAUCUUGCCUUAAACUUCAUGGGCCAACCCCUGCUGGAUUCACACUUUUCUUUUGUAGCCAUUUCAUCUCUCUCAGGGCUUGUAGAAUUGCUGAGAAUUAGGGACUUCCGCUGGAUUAGGCUGUGUCUUAAAGGAAUGUCAUGCCUGUUUUAAUUAAAAUGAUAAGUAUGAAAUAUUUCAGGAACUACCAAAAUGUGACACAGAGAUAAGAAAUGAGCAAAUGUUGCCAGAAAAAUUGUCACUGAUAGAAUUGCUGGACUCAGCACAGCCAAGCUCGAGUGAACAUGUGCAUACACAAAGCCAGUUGUUUUAUGUUUAUGGAGCAUAAAAAGAAAAUGCAAGGCCACCAUGCUGCAUCAGGAUCUCUGAAAGGAGAGGAAGCCAAUUUCCAAAGGCAGGUGAAGAAAGUAUGCUUCUUUGAUGAAAUCGGUGGUCAGAGAAAUAUGGACACUGAAGAGAAGAUGGACAUGAACGGAUGUGAGCUGGUGGGAAAGCAGCAGCUGUUGGCAGCAGAGGAGAAGGUGAAAAUGGCUGAAGAGGAGACACAACAGUACAAGAGAAGAUUUGAAGAAUGUCACAGGCAAAUGCGGGAAGCAGAGAUCACUUGGAGACACCAGGUGGCUCUUGCCGAGAAAAAGGCCCAAGACAGCUCGCUCAGGCCUCAGGAGCUGGAGAGGGAAAACUCUGAGUUGAGAAGGGAAAACUGAGUUGUGAAGGGAAAAUGCUGAGUUGAGAAGGGAAGAUGCUCACCUGAAACAGAGAUUAGAUGCAGUCUGCAGAGAGAGGCAGGCAGAGGAGUACAUGAGGCAGGAGCCCACCCCAGGAGGACCGUACAGGCUGCACCCCCCCGAGAG